AUGUAUGUCAAGUGCUUCGAUGAUCAAGAUAAAUUGCUCCUUUUAAAUCGUGGGAUUGAUGUUUCAGAGAUAUUAAACUACCAUUUAGAUGAUAAUUCAAAUUAUAAUGAAGACGAUGAAGGCGAUGGUAUUAUAGAAAAUAAUUUUAGUUCAAAUACUAAGACUGAUAUCGUAAUAAAUCCACCGUUAUUUAAUUAUCCUGGAUUCCUUCGGAAAUUGAAUUUCACUUCAAUGAUAAAAGCUGUUGAGGCUUGGUGUUACUACUUAUCAAUUGAAAUGGAAAAAACUCAAAGGAGUGACUUACUUGAAAACGCUGAAAUUUUAAUCUUUCGAUCAUUAUUACGACUUUGUUUGAACAAAGGAGCAAGACUGCACGAGUUGAUUUUAUAUCCUGACCAAUUUGAAUCAUCAAACGAUGAAAUGUAUACGUCAUUGAUCGAAGAUGAAUUUAAAGAACUGUUCGCGCCGGUUAAAACCUUGGAAUUUAGCGGUAUUGUUAGAAUGGACGGAUUUUUGCAAAUGUUGGCUCAAAGAUGUCGUGGAAUUGAACAUAUACGCGUCACAACGUUAUGGGCACGUCGUAGUAAUGAUAAACUCGUCGGAAUUUUUCGUGACUCACUAGCUACCCUGUUUUCGGUCCAAAAUUCAUUAACAUCUUUCGAAUUAUCGUAUUGCAAAGCCUACACUAAUGCAAUACUACCAGUUUUAGAACCACAUACUUCUACAAUUCGAUAUAUUCGAUUUGAUAAUGUGAAUUUCGAAGGAUGUGACCCAUUAUGUGUACUUUCUAACUGUAAAAAUAUGGAUGUGCUCGAAAUUAUCCAAUGCGUGAAUUUAAAUGAAGAAAUGGUCGAUCCUAUUAUAAAAACAAGGUUUAAAAAUGGAUUUGAAGUUAGAUUGGUAGGUGAUGAAUUAUUACAAAUUGAAAAGUUUAAAGAUUGGGUAAUUAAAAAUAGUAGGUUUAAUAAAAACAUUGGUACGAUAAAUCUUGGCUCUGUUUGUGAAAGGAAUGAUGCAAACAUUGCUAGUACUGAAGAGAACAUUCUUAAUGAAAAGUAUGGUGGCAAUAAUGACGAGAAAGGAAAAUUGUGA